CUCAAACGUUUCGGAGCGACGAUGUCAGAGCCUUACACACAAGGAGGUCGCCUCCAGCUGCAGGUAACUCCUUUCAGCGACGAGACAUCCUCAUUCAUAUGUGCUGCUGUCAUCCACAAGGCAUUUACCCCUUUCACAAAAUGCCAGGUUUUAUGCGUCGAAAUCGAGGAUGCCCCUGUCAGAGCCAGCCUCCCUAAUCCACUAAUAGCUAAAAUAUUUGAUCCACGUCUCAACUACGAGCGCAAAAACCCAUUCCCAAGACGAUCUCCCAUCCACUGGUCCGCUGCUAAUGAAAAGGCCGCAGCUGAUCGUCGUGGAUUCGCAACGGGUGAUGACUUCAGGAUCCCUCGAUGGGAGAGAGAGUUCUUGGAUGGCUCGUUGUGGGAAGAAAUCUACUAUCGCGAGUACGAGGCUUCAUUUGCACGUGAAAUUGAAGCCUACAGAUGCCUUGGAUACCUUCAGGGUUCUACCAUCCCACAGCUCUAUGGUUCGGGUCGGGUCAUCUCGGGCCAUGGCGAAGGUCGUGCCAUAUCUCCCAGAGUGCUUUUCAUGGAGUACAUCCCAGGCGAGAAUCUCGCAACCAUUCAAGAUCCCCAUUCAGUCCCUAGUUCAGCAUACCAGGAGCUCGUAAAGGCCGUGAGCACCCUCGCGUCUUUCGGUGUCAUCCAUGCCGAUAUGCGCCCAGACAACAUUGUUGUAUCUAGCAGUCACCCUAGACGAGUGGUACUCAUCGAUUUUGGGCUGAGUCAAUUUCGUUUUGAUGAUGAAUCCGACGAGGAGUGGAAAGAAGCUGUCAUAUUCGAAGCGGAUGAGAGGGCACUCCAGCUCUUUAUGAGAAAGUUGGGCAUUUGGCACCAGGAAUGAUACACAUAAUGCUCGGGAGAAAGUAGGCUUGCUCAAUAUGUUAAGACACCAUCUAACCAGCCACGAACUUUUGCAAUGGAGUAGGCAUGACGCAGUCCAUUCACAAACAGGGUCGGGUUGUAAGGUAUCAUCAGCCCCUAAUAUUAUCGUACUCACCCCAAGAUUAUGAUGAUCAUGAUAUAA